AACGUGAUGGAAGCGGUGCUUUCUCCCCGCUCCUUCCCUUUGCGCGAGAGCACCCGCGAACUGAGCGGCUGACGGCACGAGAGGCGCCCCCGGGGUGGGUGACGUAACGGGGGCGGGGGCUGUAACUGCCCCGGCGCGCGGUGCCUCCGCCCCAGAGCGAAGGUGGCGGGGUUGGGAUGGCAGCGGUGGCGGCCCCGGGGGGAACAGAGGCAUCCCCGCUGCCAGCUCCCGGAGGGGGUGGGGCCGGCGCCGGACCAGGGCCACGGCUGCAGCCCCAAGAAGAGGAAGAACACGAAGUGGUUCGUGUGCGGGUCAAGAAAUGUGAAGGCUUCUUGCAACCUGAGUUCCGUACUUUUGCUGUGGACCCACAAAUCACUUCAUUGGAUGUAUUGCAGCACAUUCUUAUCAGGGCUUUUGACCUCAAUGGGAAGAAGAAUUUUACCAUCAGCUAUUUAAGUCGAGACAAGCAAAACCAAGAAAUGUACGUGUCGUUGAUGUCAGACUGGGAUCUGGGGAUGGCCUUUGCUGGAGCCUCUAAGCCUUUUUUACAGCUAAAAAUAGACAUCAAGCCCUUGGAAGACAGCCCCCUGCUAGAAGAUUGGGAUAUUAUCAGUCCUAAGGAUGUUAUCAGUACGGACUUGCUGCUAGUGGAGAAGAGGUCUCUAGCGGCUGCAGCCCUGCCCUUCACCCAGUCCAUCAUUUCCCAGGUGGGACGGACAUUGUCAAAGGUCCAGCAGGCACUCAGCUGGUCCUAUGGGGAGGAUGUCAAACCUUUCAAACCCCCAUUGAGUGACUCAGAAUUCCAUACAUAUCUGAAUCAUGAAGGCCAGUUGACAAGACCAGCAGAACUGCGCCUCCGGAUCUUCCAUGGUGGAGUUGAGCCCUCAUUGCGCAAGGUUGUUUGGAGAUACUUGCUAAAUGUCUAUCCUGAUGGGUUGACUGGACAGGAGCGUAUGGAUUACAUGAAGCAGAAGACACGUGAGUAUGAGCAGCUGAAGGGGGAAUGGGAAGCACGGACCAACCCUGAAGACCUGGAUUUCAUCCGUAGUAACGUGCUGAAGGAUGUUCUGCGAACAGAUCGCACCCAUCCCUACUAUGCUGGUUCAGAUGAUAAUCCUCACCUGACAGCCCUGCAUGAUCUGCUGACCACCUAUGCUGUAACCCACCCACAGAUUUCCUACUGUCAGGGUAUGAGUGACAUUGCCUCUCCCAUCCUGGCUGUAAUGGACAGUGAGGCACAUGCCUUCAUCUGUUUCUGUGGCAUCAUGAAACGCCUGGAAGGUAAUUUCCAGGUAGAUGGUGAAGUCAUGUCAGUUAAAUUUGCCCAUCUCAAGCUUCUCCUCCGCCAUUCAGAUCCAGAUUUCUACUCCUACCUCCUGUCUCGGGGUGCUGAUGACCUCUUCUUUUGCUAUCGUUGGCUGCUGUUGGAGCUGAAACGAGAGUUUGCAUUUGAGGAUGCCUUGCGCAUGCUGGAGAUCACAUGGAGCUCCUUUCCUCCUGAUCCUCCAGAAAAGGAAGUGGAAUUGGUGGGCCCACCAGCCAGGCCCGGAGACAGCAGCCAGUCUGUUCGAAGGAGACACAUGCUACGGCCAGCUUGUAGUUUUGAGGCAGCUGGGGAUCAGCCAUGCCAGGGAGCAGUUGCUGAAGAGAAGGUAUUAGUGAAACAGUCUAGUUUUGGGGAAUUCAAGUACUACAUUACUCAUAAUGAGGACAGUUCGGAGGAUGACCCAUCACCCAGAUCUCAGCACUCAGUGGAUGAGGAGGAGGAUUGCAGCAGUGAGCAGGAUCCAUUGAUUCAGACAACUAACAUGGCUAAAUCCUUCUCUGCUCCAUCUCUUCGGGCCUUGACACCACCCUCUCGAGAAUCUGUCUCUUCCUCAACUAAUGGCAAUGAGGAAAGUCAAUCAGACGAGGAGAAGGGAGACUCGGUAGUUAAUACCCCUUCUUCUCCCUCCCAUGGACUUGCUGCUUCUCCUACUCCUCCUGCUCUAGUCAGCCUCCCACCUCCGCAGGAAUUUGGCAAAGGCAACCCCUUUGUGCUCUUCCUAUGCCUUGCCAUUCUCUUGGAGCAUCGAGACCAUAUAAUCAAAAACAACAUGGACUACAAUGAACUAGCCAUGCAUUUUGAUCGCUUGGUCCGCCGGCACAACCUUAACAAGAUCCUUCACCGUGCCAAGGCCCUCUUUGCUAACUACCUGCAGUCAGAAGUCUGGGAUUCUGAAGAGGGGGAUGAGGCAGCUGCUGAAUCUCCUGCCGUCUCAUGAUUCCCCUUUUCAUCCUGACAUGUGGGGACAGGUUCCCUGCAGUCAUUAUGGUGCAAGCAUCGAUGUGGAAGAGUGGUCAGUGGAGUAAUCCAAUUUAGGCUCAGUCAUUCAGCAGUCCUUUUGGAAGAUGGUCUGGAGCAACUAAGUUGGGUUGCCACACUCAAUACACCUUCUGUAUCCAAUGUACUCUGUUUUUAACUAUUUGUGCAAAUAUCCCAUCCAUUUCGGUGCCCCCUUUCCUUCCAAGUGCUAAUAAUCUUUCUAGGAAGAUCUGCCCUGGAGCAGCCAGGUUCUGCCCAUUUCCCCUCCCUAAUCAAUAUUUCCCAGGUAUUUCUCCCUUUAUCUACCUGUCCACUUCAUUUCUUAGGACGUUGGUUGCUAAGAGACCCAGACUGAUUUGUAAUCCUUCUGGAACCAGGAUCUUUUCUUCUACGUAGCCUUGCCAAAAGCAUUUCUAAUGCUCCAUCAUGGUGUAUUUUUAUUUUCUGCAGAAUGUGGCAGUUUGAGCUUGUCAGAAGUUCUACAAAGAUGCUUUGGCUUAAAAAUUUGCCUCUUAUGCUAAGUUAUUCCAGUGUUUUUGGCCUAAGUUCUGGUUUCUUAAAAGCACUUUAUUUUCUCUGGGGCUUUUGUUCCACUUGUACAGUUUUUGAUCAUUAAAAAAAAACACCCUAAUAUCCAUAAGCAGGUAAAAACAAAAACAAAACACACUGGAUGUGUUUGAAAACAAACUGGCAACUUCCCAUUGCCCUUACAGGCAGAAUUU